AGGAUGGAGAGUCGCGCAGUUUAACGGCUCCGUCUCACCCGUGGCUUCAGUUACUCUCGCUGCUGAUUUUUCUCUUUAACGGGAGCGGAUGAAUGAAACUGUGCGGAUUGAUCGAUUAAUAUCAGGAUUUGUCAGAUUAUUGAUAAUCAUGGGCUGCGUCACUGGAGAUCUGAAGAGACUUCGUGCGCUCCUCGUGAGCUUCUGUGUUCUCACCUGCGUCUCCACAGCACACGGCUCGGAUCCUCCGCGCGCUUUCAUCGAGCUGCGUUUGGUGUUAGAGCCUCAAGACGUGGUGACGGUUCGAGGAGGCGUCCUACAGCUGGACUGUGAGGCGCUCUCGGAUCAAGGCAUCCCGGUCAUCUCCUGGAAGAAGGACGGAGUUCUCCUGAGCGCUGUGGUGGACGAGAGGAGACAACAGCUGUCCAAUGGAUCUUUACUGGUACAGAACGUCGUUCACUCGCGGCACCACCGGCCCGAUGAGGGAUCGUAUCAGUGUCUGGUCACACUGGAGGGUGUGGGGGCCGUCGUCAGCCGGACCGCCAGAGUCAUCGUCUCUGGUCCUUUACGAGUGGUUGUCCCCACAGAGUCGGUCUCCAGUCACAUGGGUGACACGGCUCUGCUGCGCUGCGAGGUGACGGGUGAGCCCAUGCCUGUGGUGCGCUGGCAGAAGAACCGAGAGGAUUUGCCCGUGACCUUUGACCCCGAGAGCAGAGUGGUGGUCCUGCCCUCCGGCUCUCUGCAGGUCAGCAGGGUUCAACCGCCCGACUCGGCCACUUACCGCUGUCUGUCCGAGAACCCUGGCAGCUCUCGCACCGGAACGGACGCCGACCUGAGGGUUCUGCCGGAGCCUGGAGUGAUGAGAAGUCUGGUGUUUCUUCAGAAGCCUGUCAAGGUCACGUCUCUACAGGGCAGAGAUGCGGUUCUGGAAUGUUCCGCCUCCGGUUACCCGACGCCGUCCUUCUAUUGGAUGAGAGGGAGUGAGGUCAUCCAGAGCAGGUCAAAGAAAUAUUCUCUUCUGAGCGGCAGUAAUCUUCUCAUCAGCAGCGUCACAGAUGAUGAUUCAGGAAUCUACACGUGUGUCGCUCAAAACAAACACCAGAACAUCUCAGCGUCAUGUGAACUCUCAGUGCUGGUUCCUCCUCAGUUCUUGAGUUAUCCCUCAAACACAUAUGCACAUGAGAGCACAGAUAUCGAGAUGGAAUGUGCCGUGACAGGAAACCCACAGCCCACCGUCCGCUGGGUGAAGAACGGAGAGGUGGUCAUACCCAGCGACUACUUCCAGAUCGUGGAGGGGGGGAACCUGCAGAUUUUGGGUCUAGUCCGUUCUGAUGAAGGGUUCUAUCAGUGUAUCGCUGAGAAUGAAGCUGGAAACAGUCAGGCCAUGGCCCAGCUGAUCCUCCUGCAGCCCAUUACCCCGAGCUCAGGCGUCCUCCCCUCUGCUCCCCGUGACGUGGCCCCUGUCCUAGUGUCCAGCCGGUUCGUGCGCCUCGGGUGGCGCCCCCCGGACGAUCCUCGGGGGAACAUCAUGACGUACGGAGUCUUUUUCUCGGAGGAGGGAAUCAACAGGGAACGCUCCAUUAACUGCAGUGAAGCGGAGAGUCUGCAGAUGACGGUGAAUAAUCUGAAGCCCGAGGCCACAUACUCCUUUAGAGUCACUGCCUACAAUGAGCACGGAGCUGGAGAAAGUUCAGAAGCCAUCAGACUGUCAACACAAGCUGAACUGCUGGUUCCGGGUCUGGUUGAGAACCUGCGGGCAGAAGCGAUUUCUCCCACCUGCAUUCAGGCCUCGUGGGAUCUCCCGGCUCAUGCCAACGGCCCCAUCCAAAGCUACCGCCUCCUCUGGUCCGAGACAUCAACCGGUAAAGAGCAGAACGUGGAGGUUGUCGGUCAGAGCUACAGAAUGGAGGGGCUGAAGAAGUUCACCGAAUAUUCUUUAAGAGUUCUGGCAGUAAACCGACACGGGCCGGGAAUCUCCAACGAAGACAUGCUCAUCACGACCCUGUCAGACGUGCCGAGCGCUCCGCCACACAACAUCUCACUGGAGGUGGUUUACUCACGGAGCAUCAAGGUGAGCUGGCAGCCGCCGCCUGCACACGCUCAGAACGGCUUCAUCACGGGAUAUAAGAUCCGACACCGCAAAACCGGCCGGCGAGGAGAACAAGAGGCGCUGGAACCCAAUAACCUGUGGUACCUGUUUACAGGGUUAGAGAAAGGAAGUCAAUACAGCUUCCAGGUGGCGGCCAUGACGGUUAACGGCACCGGACCCAUCAGUGAAUGGUACACGGCUGAGACGCCAGAGAACGACCUUGAUGAAACUCAAGUUCCCAAUCAGCCGAGUUCUCUUCACGUGCGUCCGCUGCCCAACAGCAUCAUCAUGAGCUGGACCCCCCCGCUGAACCCCAACAUCUUAGUGCGGGGUUACAUCAUUGGUUAUGGAGUGGGGAGCCCGUACGCUGACACUGUGAGAGUGGACAGUAAACAACGCUACUACUCCAUUGAGAACUUAGAGCCCAGUUCACAUUACGUCAUUUCUUUGAAGGCCUUUAAUAACGCUGGUGAAGGAGUUCCUCUGUAUGAAAGCGCCGUCACCAGAUCCAUGACAGACCCCUCAGAUCCAUCAGACGAUGAUUUGUUCCAUCUGUUUGACAAAUUCCCUACCCCCAUCCCAGAUACCUCCACUCCCAUGAUUCCUCCAGUAGGUGUGCAGGCGGUGGCGCUCACCUCAGACUCGGUGCGGGUCAGUUGGGCUGAUAACUCCAUCCCCAAAAACCAGAAGAUCUCCGAGGUCCGCUACUAUUCUGUUAAGUGGAAGACCAGUCACUCCACCAGCGGAAAAUAUAAGUCAGCAGACACUACAGCACUGAGUCACACGGUCACGGGUCUGAAGCCCAACACCAUGUAUGAGUUCUCAGUGAUGGUCACUAAAGGACGGAAGUCCAGCACAUGGAGUAUGACAGCACACGCCACCACAUAUGAAGCAGCUCCAAGCUCCGCCCCCAAGGAUCUGACUGUGAUUGGCCGAGAGGGACGACCGAGAGCUAUUCUCAUCAGCUGGCAGCCGCCGCUGGAGGCAAACGGACGAAUCACAGGUUAUAUUCUGUACUACACGCUGGAUAAGAACAUGGCUAUAGACGACUGGGUGAUGGAGUCCAUCAGUGGAGACAGACUCACACAUCAGGUCAUGGAUCUCAAUCUGGACACCAUCUACUACUUCCGCAUUCAAGCCAAGAACGCUAAAGGAGUGGGACCGCUGUCAGAGCCUGUACAGUACAAAACAUCCAAAGUCGAGUAUCCUGACAAGAUGGCCAAUGAUCAAGGUCGCCAUGGAGACAGUGGAUACUGGCCGUCUGACAGUAACCUGAUUGACAUGAGCAGUUUGAACGAGCCUCCUAUUGGUCAGAUGCGUCCUCCACACGGCAGUGUGACCCCUCAGAAGAACAGUAACCUGCUGAUCAUCAUCGUGGCUUCUGUGGGAGCCGUGACCGUGGUAGUGGUGGUCAUCGUUGCUCUGAUCUGCACUCGCCGCUCAUCCGCAGAGCAGAGGAAGAAGCGUGCGACUCACAGCGCAGGGAAGAGGAAGGGCAGUCAGAAAGACCUGAGACCUCCUGAUCUCUGGAUUCAUCACGAGGAGAUGGAGAUGAAGAACAUGGAAAAACCCUCUAGCUCCGCCCCCUCCGGCCGUGAGUCGCCCAUCCAGAGCUGUCAGGAGAUCGCCCCCGUCAGUCACAGCCAAUCAGAGAGUCAGAUGGGCAGUAAGAGCAGUCACUCAGGCGCAGACGGCGAUGAGACGUCCAGCUGCAUUUCCACAUUAGAGCGAUCGCUGGCUGCUCGAAGAGCCACACGCACCAAAAUGAUGAUUCCCAUGGACUCUCAACCCAGCAACACACCGGUGGUGAGCGCCAUCCCAGUGCCCACGCUGGAGAGCAGUCAGUACCCAGGAAUCUUACCCUCGCCCGGUUACAGCACUCACCCUAAAUUCAGCCUGCGACCCAUGCCUUUCUCCACACUCACUGUGGAUCGCACGUACCCCACAGCUCUUUCAGCAGAAGGCGUCGCUCCGAUGCCCUCACAGCAACAACAGCCUCUGAUUCCCACAGUACAGUCGGAGCCGGCGGUGUCAGAGGAGAUUCCCAGCCGAAACAUUCCCACCGCCUGUGUGCGCCCCACUCACCCACUGCGCAGCUUCACAAACCCACUGCUGCCUCCACCCAUGAGCACCAUUGAUCCUAAAGUCUACAGUCCCAUGAUGCCUCAGACAGGUGGCAGUUUGUCUAAAGCACAGGUGAAGACAGCAUCACUGGGGCAGGCUGGGAAAGCGAGGUCUCCGCUGUUACCCGUGUGUGUGCCGACGGCACCGGAGACGACUGACGACGGACAGAAACAUCCGGACGACCCUGCGAGUGUGUAUGAGCAGGAUGAUCUGAGCGAGCAGAUGGCCAGUCUGGAGGGUUUGAUGAAGCAGCUCAACGCCAUCACAGGUUCAGCUUUUUAACACACACACACACAGACACACACAGACCCCCAGCGACAGAGAAGAAGAAGCCAACACCUCCAAACUCUCAGACUGUCCGGUGUUGAUGUCUUCUGUCAAUCAUCCCCUGAAACGGAGCCAAACAGGGAACAGCGGCACCAGCGGCCGCCGCGUCAGAAACCCUCUCUUAUCUGACGUCCAUCAGCAUUUUAUAGUUGUCUCUUCUCACAGAUGUCAUCAGCACGUGUGCGGGGGACCACCGUUAGGAAGAUUUCAUGAUCUCAAAGCAUCACUCACACCAAACUCUUCUUCUACAUCUCGCCAAUUUCUUUCUGCCAAGAUUUCUACAAACUCACGUCACGAGCUGGAUUAUACGUCACGCACUCCUCGGUUCAUCGGUGGUUUUGAUCAUCUUCUGUUGCCGGUUUUCUUCACUUUGUUUGUAGACUGGUGUUGUGAACUCACUUGACUACACCGGCAGAUAUAGUAUAAACUCUAUUUUUACAUCUGUCAGGUGAAACUAUCAAAGUGUUGGAUGAAGACUGGAGCUGGUCCAGGGUCACGUGCUUACAUGCUCAAAUCUUACAGACUGGAUCCUUUCACAAGCUUAUUAUUUGUCAUCCCUCUUGUCUUUUCUGUUACGUGAGCAAAAGAGACAUUUUGAUGUGCCUAUAUAUUUUUCUGGUCACUUUAUUUAUUUGUGUCGAAUGAACCAGAGAGAAACAAACACCGUCACAGGUCAGAGCGUGGUCGUGAAGAUGAACAGACGUCCCUAUAUUUGAUACACCUCUUGUAUGCCGUACAUGUGUGUUACCAUGACGACCAGAUCCCUGUAGCAACACACGUUUUUUACUGUACAGAGCAGUCGAUGGACGGACUGCGGGUGGGGCGGGUCGGGGGGGUUUUUACUGAUAUAUUUAAUAUAUGGUUUAGAGUGACAGUAAGGGUGUGAACAGCUUUGAUUUCACGCCGGAGGAAAAUAAAGAGUCGUGGAAGAGCCUCCAGAGUCUGAGCGUGUGGUGAAAAUCAAAACGGUCCGCUUGUGUUAUGAAUUCACACGUGCGUUCGUCUAAAUCAAAUACAUUUGACUGUUUUUAGUUUAGAAGUGGCUGUGCUCCGUCCUCUUCAUCUGUUUGUCAUUUUCAAUGUGAAGAAUCUUACUUGAGUUCACUUGUGUCUGGUUUCAGAGUUUCUGUGGAACGCAGAUGAAGAGAAUCUUUUUAACAACCGUCUGCACACUGUAAACCCCGAUAAGUUGGCAAUACUCAAAGAUUUUAGAGGUUCUUGGUUAAAGUAAGCUGAACUUUCAAAUUUUGAUCACUGUAAAGUUAAAGUUCUUACCGAACCUCAGCAAGCGCGACUUAAAUAUUUAUUGUUCCUUUUUAUUAAAUUAAGUAGACAGAACUUAAACAAAUAAGUACACCAUAAUUGCAUUUUAAAGUUAACUGAAUUAAAUUCUUUCAGUUUCUUUAUUUGACACAUUUCUUAGUCUUAAUAUGCAUAAAUCAAACACCUUGACUUAUGCAAUCCAUAAUGAGCAAGAGACUGAUCUCAGAACUGCCGCUUGCACAGUGACAUCUUUCCUAAUGCAGUCUGACGCAAACCAUGCUGGGAAUUGGAAAUCCUUCUUGACCAAUUGUGUUGAAUCAAUGUGUUUAAAUUAAGUCAAUUGAACAAGGAGCAUAUACUUUUUUGAGUUUCAAACUUCAAGUUAAUCAAGAAUAAUCAUUUUACUUUACUCAAAAGUAAAAAAGUGCUUCAAGAACUUAAAACAUUGAAGUAAGUAGAACUUUUUUUAUCAAAUUCAGUUUACAUGACUUAAUCUGUUUGAUUACUUUGAACAUUUGGGUUAACAGUCCAACGAGGAUAAAUAAACAGCAUGAGGUUCAGACUGAGACUGAAUCUUCAAACAUCAUUCAGCUCACUGAACGUCUGUCCUGCUCGAGAAAGAUUCAGAAUAAGUUCCUCGUGUUCCACAGAAGAUGACACACUUAGUGAGGAUCAUGUGUGAGGGAUUAAUGACUGACACGUGAAUGAAUGAAUGAAUGACACAGAAAGGUUUGUUUUAUGGAGUCAGUAGAGUUUUAGCCCCUACAGGAGGAUGAGAGGAUGAUGAAAAUCAGCACACUGUUGAUGUUAGUUUGGCUCUUUCAGUCUUAUAUCAGAUGAAGAAUUAUGUGUCUUUUGACUUGAAUCCUAAAAGUGUCCAAUUUUAGCAUUGUUAACCAAAUCAGAGUAGUCAUUGAAAUACCACAGCGAAUGUUUCUACCCCCCAUGUUGUGAUACAAUUGCUGGUUUUGUAAUGCACUGUAGAACAGUCCAAUGUUCCUUUUUAUAGAGAAAUGUUCUUUGAACGGUGCAUUCUUUUUCUUUGAUAAAUAAAGGUUUUGAU